AUGGAAUCUGAUGCGGACGUGGAUAUGGAAGAACUGCCUGGAGAACAUUUACCGGUUCUGGCGGAAGAAAACGACAAGGAGAUGGAUGGCGGGGAAGAAUAUUGCUCUGUUCAUGGCCACAAGGGAGAUAAAAUUACUGUAACUGAAGCUCCUGAAUGGCCUUCCUACCUUGUGAAUGUAGAAUCAGACUUUGGAAAGUCUUUGUCUCGAAGGUUAUUUCAUUGGGGUCCACUUGCUGCGAUUUUUCUUACUGGAUUUGUAAGUAUAAUGUGAUUUUUAUCUCGUCACUUGACCUUCCUCUUACUUUUCCUUUUAGAUAGGUAUCACGGCUGUUUACGUACAUCUAACAUGGUGGCCAAUCGACGAUCCCAUCGCUUUCUUGGAUCUAUCUUUAUUUACUUUACUUAUUUAUGGAACCUUAUACAAUUUAGUGAGAGCUUCGUAUAUUGGAGGUGGAUACGUGACCAAAGGCUGGCAUCCCCCCCAGCCGGAACAUUCAUCUAGGCUGCAAUUUUGUGCACAUUGUUCUGGUUAUAAGGCGCCCAGAUCUCAUCAUUGUCAGAAAUGUAAUCGAUGUGUAAUGAAGAUGGACCACCAUUGUCGUAUGUCGAAUAGCAUUUUCAAAAAAAAAUUAUUUUAGCUUGGAUUAACAACUGUGUCGGUCAUCGGAAUCAGAUUUAUUUCUUCUCUUUUCUCCUUUUUGCCGUCCUCGGGUGUCUUCAUGCAUGUGGAAUACUGGGAGUAGUAUUAUUUAGGACUCUCUAUUUUGUAAGUUUGAUCAUAUUGCUUUAUCUACAUUUCGUUUUUUAGAUGUUUAACGGCAUCACGCGGCAAGAUUACAUUUACAACGACUCCAUUAUAAAAGACGGAACAACUUUUUUCUGCACCGUUCUGGCUUUCAGUUUUAGUAUUGGAGUUGUCCUGGCGGUGGGAGUGUUGUUAUACACACAAAUUAUGGUAGUUUUGCGAAACAAAACUGGAAUCGAGGAAUAUAUUUGUAAGAUGAUGGUCGAUACCUAAAAUCUUUACUCAGGUACGAAAGCCGAGUAUAGAGAAAGAGACGAAUCAGAGGGUCCAUUUGUGUUUCCGUAUCAUUUGGGGAUUCGAAGGAAUAUCUCCGAAGUCUUUCCAUCUUUUUGGGCCAGGAUCCCCCGAGGCAAUGGAAUUUGGUGGCCAAUUCGUUCCGAUUGUUCACAAUUUUCUCUGUCUGUAAGUGUAAUUUGGAGCUUAGAAAUGUGAAAAAAUUGUUUCUAAACUUCAUUUUGCAGGAAGAACAAUUAAUCCAGAAAGCAAAUAAAAGGUUUUACGCCAGGAUCUAUCAAAUUCAUGAAGACUUUGAAGGCGGCUGGUUUAAGGCCUGGAGAUUUGGACUCAGGACUUUUAUAUGUCAGCCUUGCUCGGAAGAAAGAAGAAUUGCCGUAAAGAAGGGCGAAAGUUAUGCCAUUACUCGAAUACAGAGCAAUUGGUUAUACGGACAGAGGUUACUGGAGAUGGAUAAGAUCGAAGGCCCUUUUUCUGAGAAUCCUUAUGCUGCCAGAGCAUCGAGAGAUCAAACUAAUCAAGCAGUGGUCAAACAAGCCACCCAACCGCGGGGCUGGUUCCCCAAACAAGUUGCCAAACCAAAAUACAGAUCUCAAGAAGAUGAGAACAAGAAAGAUCUUUAA